AUGACAAAGAGUUGGGUUGACGUGUUUGUGGCUAGAGGAAACAGACAAAUUAUGCAAACCGGCUUGAACCUUUUGACAUUCCCGAGGCGACUGCGGGCGACGGUGGUGACAGCAUCUGCUUCAUUGCCGAAUCGACGUACUUGGGCAGCCGUUGUGGAUCGCGCUGCGGGAGGGCCGGUGCCACGGGGGCAUGCUGCAUUCACAGCGCCUUUUGCGAUGCAGGGCAUUGCGCUGCGGCGAAAGUGGCAGGGUGUUGAGGAGCCUCUUUUUCCGUUGUUUCAUUACCGUGCUGCUGUGGGUGACGUGCACCUUGGCAUUUUGGGUGUUUGCAAGUUACGGCCCAACUGUUGA